AAGAGGAGGACAGAGCAGAGUCUCCAGGAUCCAGCUGUCUGUCUAUGAAGAGGGGCCGGUCCAAAGCGGAUCCUCCAGGCUUCAGUGAUGAACCUGGACCCUCAGACACAAAACUGACUGAAGUCCAGAAGAUGAGUGUUUGUGUGGAGGAAGAGGAGGACAGAGCAGAGUCUCCAGGAUCCAGCUGUCUGUCUCUGAAGAGUGACCGGUCCAAAGGAAAACCUCCAACCUUCAGUAAUGAACCUGGACCCUCAGACACAAAUGAGUGGUGGUCUGCAGGAGGUUUUAGAUGAACAUAAGAUCAGUCUGAGGAGAAGAUGUGAACGUGUGACUGAAGGAAGUGAUGAAACAGGAAGUGGAACCCUCCUCAACAGGAUCUACACUGAGCUCUACAUCACAGAGGGACAGGGUGAAGAGGUUAAUACCCAACAUGAGGUGAGGCAGCUUGAGACAGCUUCCAAGAUGGAGACCCUCCAUGACACUCCAAUCAAGUGCCACGACAUCUUUAAAGCCUUACCCGGCCAACAGGGACACAUCAGAGUCGUUCUGACAAACGGCGUCGCUGGCGUUGGAAAAACCUUCUCGGUGCAGAAGUUCACUCUGGACUGGGCAGAGGGCUUGGAAAACCAAGACGUCAGUCUGCUGAUUCUGCUUUCGUUCAGGGAGCUGAACUUGAUCAGAGAUGAGCGGUGCAGUCUUCUCCAGCUGCUCCAUGUUUUCCAUCCAACAUUACAGAAGGUCACAGCAGAGAAGCUCGCUGUCUGUAAACUUCUGUUCAUCUUUGACGGCCUGGAUGAAAGCAGACUUUCACUGGAUUUCCACAACAAUGAGGUCAUGUCUGAUGUCACACAGAAGUCAUCAGUCAACGUGCUGCUGACAAACCUCAUCGAGGGGAAUCUGCUUCCCUCGGCUCUCGUCUGGAUCACUUCCCGACCUGCAGCAGCCAAUGAGAUCCCUCCUUCAUGUGUUGGCAGGGUAACAGAAGUACGAGGCUUCACUGACACCCAGAAGGAGGAGUACUUCAGGAGGAGAUUCAGUGAUGAAGAGCUGUCCAGCAGAAUCAUCUCGCACAUCAAGACAUCCAGGAGCCUCCACAUCAUGUGUCUGAUCCCAGUCUUCUGCUGGAUCACUGCUACAGUUCUGGAGCACACGUUGACUACAGACCAGAGAGGAGAGCUGCCCAAGACCCUGACUGACCUGUACUCACACUUCCUGCUGGUCCAGACAAAGAGGAAGAAGCAGAAGUAUAAGGGUCAUGAGACGAGUCCACAGGAGCUGACGAAGGCUGAUAGGAAGGUUCUUCUGAAGCUCGGGAGGCUGGCGUUUGAACAGCUGGAGGAAGGAAACAUCAUGUUCUACCAAGAAGAGCUGGAGCAGUGUGGUCUGGAUGUCUCAGAGGCCUCGGUGUACUCAGGAGUCUGUACAGAGAUCUUCAAAAGAGAGAGUGUGAUCUUCCAGAAAACAGUCUACUGCUUUGUUCAUCUGAGCGUUCAGGAGUUUCUGGCUGCCGUCUACAUGUUCUACUGUUACACCAACAGGAACAGAAAGGUACUGAAGGCGUUUCUGGAAGAUGAUGAUGACGACAGGGACUCAAACCCAAAGUCUUUUCUCAAAAAGAUUUUUAAGACUUUUGGAAACAAUGAUAGCCCAUCCCUGGAUGUCUUCAUGAGGAGAGCCAUGGUGAAAUCUCUCCAAAGUCAAAAUGGCCACCUGGACCUGUUUGUUCGCUUCCUUCAUGGCCUCUCUCUGGAGUCCAACCAGAGACUCCUAGGCGGCCUGCUGGGUCGGACAAAGAACAGUCGAAAAAUCACACAGAGAGCCAUCAACAACCUGAAGGAGAUGAACAGUGAUGAGAUCUCUCCUUACAGAAGCAUCAACAUCUUCCACUGUCUGAUGGAGAUGAACGACCACUCAGUACAUCAGGAGAUCCAAGAGUUCCUGAAGUCAGAGAACAGAUCAGAGAAGAAACUCUCUGUGUUCCACUGCUCAGCUCUGGCCUACAUGCUGCAGAUGUCAGAGGAGGUUCUGGAUAAGUUGGACCUGAAGAAGUACAAGACAUCAGCGGAGGGACGACGGAGACUGAUUCCAGCUGUGAGGAACUGCAGAAAGGCUGUGUAA